AUGGCUCCAACCGAGGAGAAGCUUCGCCCGAUUGUGGUAUCAGGACCCUCAGGUUCCGGCAAAUCGACGCUGUGGAAACGACUUCAGAAAGAAUAUCCAGACCGAUUCGCACUUUCCGUAUCGCAUACUACACGACAACCACGGGAAGGGGAAGAAAAUGGACGAGAGUACUGGUUCACAGAUAAGGAGAGCUUUCAGAAGCUCAUAGAUGAGGGUGGCUUUAUCGAGCAUGCACAAUUUGGUAGCAAUCUCUAUGGCACCAGCGUACAAGCUGUAAAAGACGUCGCAGAGAAGGGCAAGACUUGUGUUUUGGAUAUCGAGAUGGAGGGCGUCAAACAAGUCAAGAAAACCGAUCUGAAUGCACGCUUCGUCUUCCUCCAACCACCAUCGGUCGAAGUGCUGGAAAAGCGAUUACGAGGCCGAGGAACAGAUAAGGAGGAAGCGAUCUUGGAAAGAUUAAAACAGGCGGAGAAGGAAAUUGAAUACAGCCAGACACCAGGCGUGCAUGAUAAGAUCAUUGUGAACGAUGACUUGGAAAAGGCUUGGGAAGAGUUCAGGAAUUUCUGUGUUCCAGAGGCAGAGGAAGCUCAGGUUGAGAGUAAAGGUGUUGGUCCUUAG